ACUUGCAUCACCUCUAUACCAAGAUUUUGAGCACUGCUCCGAAGAACAAAGGUCGGAUUUCGAGUGUGUUGAAGCAAUAAUUUUGCCUGCAACUCAGUCAUUUGUGUUUAGUAUCGAUUGGUCGGAAGAUAUUGACCACUAUAAAAUGUAUGUGCUCUACUUCUGCUUUUUGGGAACAGCAGUAGCUAUUAGUAACCAGGCCCCUUCCACUGUGGACAGUGUCACAGUUUAUCCCGUAGUUUUUGAAGACAGGGAAGACAGCCAAAGAAAAGUCGUCGCUUUUGAGCACGAGCACUUACUGGAAUUAAAAAGAGCGUCAGUUUUGGCACCAAGGCUUCUGCUUCGAGACUACGCCGCGGACGGAACAAGCGAGAAAUAUGUCGACGGAGCCUACUACGAGCGCCACCUCUAUGAAAACGCUGCACAUGAAGCAGCUCUUUUGCUGAAACCACAAGGAAGAGGACACUACCAUAUUGCAGGUCUCAUUAAUUCCACGCAUUUUAUAGAACCACUCAGAAACCACAAAGAUUUCAUGGGCCGAACUUUACAUGUAAUGUCGCGGAUUCCCGCCUGGAAAGAAGACGCAUACUAUAAAAUGAUAAAAGUGAAGCCUAGCACGAAUGCAAAUGCGCCCCUUCCAGAAGCAAGAACAAAGCCCGGCGGACUUGUUGUGGAGGUUGCUAUCAUUAGCGAUUACCUUCAUACUUUGAAACUUCGACAGCAGUCGCUCAAAGGUCUGGAAUACAUAAUGACGUAUAUGUACAAGGUCAGCCUGGAGCUGCAGCAGUUAGAGCCACCUCUCCGGAUUGCCGUAGUAGGAUACCAGACCACAAGUAAGACACAUGCCGAAUAUGUCAGCCUGCUGCAAAGUGGAGUUCUGGACGCGGACGACACUGUAACAAAACUAAGGCAGUACGCGCCAAAAGGUGAUUCCACUCGGAAAUCUGACUUGGUCAUUUUAAUCACAGGAGCUAAGUUACGUGACUUGUCAGCACGUCCUGGCGCUCCUGAAAUGCUUGGCAUUGCACCCUUGGAAGGAAUUUGCAGUCAAUACAGCGUAGCAGUUGUUAAAGACUUGGCUGGAAGAUACUCUGGAGUGCACUCAACUGUCCAUGAAAUGGGUCAUUCACUUGGCUCUUACCACGACGGCGAAGGCACCUCAGCGAAGUGCCCUGCCCGAGACGGAUAUAUAAUGAGUCCAACGUCGCAUGGUACACACAGCAGUGAAUUCUCGCAGUGCAGCAAAACAGCGAUCACCAAAUAUAUAACAUCAGGCGACACUCAAUGCCUAAGGUACGCAUCAGCGACACAUGCUCUGGGCUUUUUUCCUCGUGCUAUUGUGACUUCCCUUCGAGAACACGUAUCACAAGUCCGCAAAGUAAACUCGGCAGAACGCGAGAACACACCGUAGACCGAGGGUCCUCCAGAAGAACAUAAAAACAGAUCUAUAGAGGCAAGACAGACCAUAUCGCACCAAGAUAAGGACAAAAAUCAUACCUCAUAGGAGACAGCAGUGUUUUCAACUCUGAAUCAAUUUUCGGGCACAGCAAAUCAAAUGAAUGUUGAAAAUAAAAACGUAUUGGGUUUUUUUACGUCUGUCUGCGAAACUAAGCCUUUUUAGUAAAAAUUAAAUGGCGUGUGAAAAGGUAUAGCUGAGACUAUAUGAGAAUGUUUCACAAUCGUUUCCUCUCUCAUCAAGAAACAGGCGCCCCCUUAACAAGGAUGCUAGUCACGUUUCCCAUAAAGUGCUGAAACAAGACGUAUAUCAUACAGAAGCUGUACAUCUUUUGAAUUGCUUUUUUUAUUGAUCCACAUCCUCUGCGGUUACCCCAAUGAUAACAUUAUAUUCCACUUAAAGUGAUUGGCAGAUCUUGUUUUCGUCUAAAUACAAUAACUUAAUGUAACGCCCCACUGCGAAAACCCUUGCCUUAUUAUUCUGACUAAUGAUCAAAAAGUUAUCUCCACCCUAUUGAUGUGACUCAUUUGGGCCCUGAAAUAAUUUAUGAUAUUGGCGCACA